UGUGGGUUUUCUUUGAUUUCAGAACCGAUGUAGAUUAGCAGAAAAACGCCGUGAAUCGCCUCUCAGAGAAGACAGAUGUUUUACAGCCAAUAUGGUGGAAUGGAAGACAGGUGAAAACCUGUGCACUAACAAAUCGUCAUCACUUUGUCCCAAGAAUUGUGACGAUUCCACUUACUCUCAUGAAAAUGAAAGAAAAGCACCAAAACGUUGCAGUCCGUUACGAGAAUCUCGUUUGAGCAAUAUUAUCGAUCUGUUGAGAACAACACGAGAAAAAGAAACGGUUCCAAUGAACGAACUCGAAGAUAGUCUACACAAACAGAAGAAAGGUGUCGCCAUCUUGGAGUUUGGUACACCAUUGAUCAAUGGAUGUUGUAUGGGAGUUGAAAACGCCAAAAGUUUGUCAUUGAAUAUUCUCAAUAACAAUAACAGUAGCAGCAGCAUCGACAGCAGUCUUUCUGAUAGUUUAAUGAACGAUGAGAACAUGACGAUGGCACGUUCGAAUCAAGCAGACAUUCGCAAUUAUUUGCCCGAAGAUAUCAGCGGUAAAAGAGCCAGAUUAGAACUGGACGCCAUAGAGAAGGAUGCCAUGAAAGAAGACUUGGCUCCAAAUGAAGUGACCGACGGUCCAAGAGGUGGUCAUCAUCACCAUCAUCAUCAUAACCAUCACAGUCAUCACAAUCACCACCACCACCAUCAGCAGCAACAACAACACCACCACAGUGAUUUCAUAAAUGGAGCUGGUGCCACGAAACCCCCGAAAUGUGACUCUGAACGCUGUAACAGCGACGAAGAUGGUGUCGUGGGAGUAACCAAUGAAGAUGGUGGUAGCGAUAACAACAACAAUCACAAGAAGUCUAACAACAACAACAACAACAACAGCAACAACAACAACGACAAUAGCAACAACAGCAACAAUACUAAUGGUGGAAGUGGAAGUGGAGCUGGUGGUGAUGGCGACGGUGAUGCUGGCGAUGAUGACAACGAUCAGGAUGCGGACAAAAACAUUAACAACAAUAACAGUAGCAACAACAACAACAACAGCAACAACAAUAAUAACAACAACAAUAAUAAUAACAACAACAAUAACAAUAACAAUGGUGAUAACAGUAAUAGUAAUGAUAACAAUGAUGAUGCUGAUAAGGAAGAGGUGGAUGAUGAAGACGAAGAUGUUGAAGUAGAUGUCACAUCAAACGAUGACGACAUAAAACCUUCUACACAUCCACCUCCUCACCCUCUUGUUAAUCCUCUUGUCCAUCCUCAUCCUCUUGCCGUGUCGGCCAUGAUGCAAAAUGGCGUACAUUGCGAAGAAGCAGCUUGGCGAGCAGCAGAAAUGGCGCGGAACAAUAUGUCGCCAGAGAUUAAGAAAGAAAGACACCUCCCCUCCGACAUGAUGGAAGCAACUAACGUGGAGGAGCAACAUCGAAUCAAGUCUGAGUAUGGUGUCAUGGACUCAUCAAUUGAUUCCGAAGAAAAACUCGAUAUGAGAAGAAUGGAAGAAUUUGGUGAAGGGAACCGAUGUCGAAUGAGAGAAGAAUGUGAGGCGUGUGAUGCCGCGUUGAAGAUAAAGGCAGAAGCGGAAGCCAAGGCAGCUGUGAUUACAAGCGAUAUGAUGUAUAGACCUGAUAGUUUUAUUAAAAGGGAAGAUCGGUGUAUUGAUGACGAUAAAGAAUCUCCAAGUAUUGCCCAGAAAAUUUACAGGGAGGUUAGCGACCCAAACAUGAAAGAUGGUUGCUGGCCCCCAACUCGGAAUAUCGCUGAAGAGAUUUAUCGCGAGUGUCGUGAGGGAAUGAUGUUUGAUCCGAGCAUCUGCACCAACAACAACAGCAUUAUCAUCAAUAAUAAUAUUCUUCAUGGUGGUAACAGUGGUGGUGGUCAUAUUGACCAUAGUAGCAGCAACAAAGAGAUAAAAAUGAUGACACCGUUGGAACUAUAUGGCAGACAUAUCAGUCCUCCGAGAAAUAUUGCUGAAGAAAUUUAUCGGGAGCAUCAUUUCCUGGGUAAAUCCGAAGGACUUCUUCGAGAGUGCCACGGGGAAUGUAAGAAAGAUAUCUGUUGUGAUAUGGUGGUUCCUAAAGAACUUGCUUAUCGAAAUAUCGCGCACGAACUUUACGGCGAAGGUGUACAAGACAAGCGAACUGAAGAAUCACACCGUAACAUCGCGCAGGAGAUCUAUCGUGAAGUAAGGGGGGAUAACCAGAGACUGUUAGUCGUAAAUAACUCUCCUGACAUGAAGGAGAAACGAAGAGAUGGUCUAAAAGACAUGGCCGCGCGGGAGUACCCGCUUCAGGUGCAUCAUCGAGAUGCAUCGAAAGAUAAGUGCAGGGAAGGGUUGAAAGACGGACAACAACAGCAACAGCAGCAACAACAUCACCACCACCAUCAUCACCAUCACCACAACCAUCACAAUCAUCAUAACCAUCACAACCACAACAACAAUAGCAACAACAACAAUAGCAACAACAACAGUAACAAUAACAACAACCAACAACAGCAACAUCAUCAUCACCACCACCAAAUGCAAACUCAGUCAAAAGAUAAACAACAGCGAGACAAUGCUAAUAUUAAAGAGAAACUCUCCUCCUCCACAUCUACAUCUCCCAAAUUGAAAAGUAAUGUUUCUGUGGACAGUAAAGAUGAUAGCAAACAGGUCAGGUGUUCAAGCCCCAGUAAAGAUCCCAAGGACAAAGAUAAAGGGAAAUACAGUGAUUUCAUGAGGCUCCUCGCUGCCAGCCACAUUCCGCCCAAACUGGCUCCUAAUAUGAAUGGCUACGAUCAAUACUUCUCCCAGUUGAGACCAGCUGAUGCCAUCCAUCCGGGAUUUCCACCACUGUUCCAGAAUUGUAUGCUUUACGGUCAUCCGGCAUUUUUACCACGUGAUCCGUACUUCUUCCCGCCAACGUCGUUACGUUUGGCUAGUUUCCCAGGACAGUUUGUGGCACCACUCAUCUAUCCACCACGCUUUCCCUUGGAGACAACACCACGCAUGUUUGAACUGCUCCGUCCCAUGUCUUAUCUACCCGCUGAGGGUCUCCUCACGCCAUGUACGACACCCACACCCUGUGGUACCCCUACACCGACACAGUCAUCGUCGACAACGUCGACAACUCACUGCUCAGCAGCAGGUGGCACUACCGCCUCCACCAACAGCCCCACAUCUACCACUGGACAUCCGAGCAUGGGCAAUGUCUCCUUGUCCAGCAAUGUAUCUUCUACUUCUUCGUCUACGUCAUCCUUGUCAUCAUCAUCGUCGUCGUCAUUGUCGUCGACAUCAUCAUCGUCUGCGAUAUCCUCAACCACAAAUUCUAGUGGUCACAAGCGGUCAGUGUCCGAUGCCGAGAAGGCCCUCGAUCUGUCGACGAAACGUAUGAAAAUGGACUACCACAACCACCACCACCACCACCACCACAGUAACAACACCAACCAUCACAACAGUAUCAACAACAAUCACAACAACAACAACAACCAUAGUAACAAUAAUCACAACACCGUUAACUACAACAACAAUAACAACAACAACAGUAACAUUAACCACAGCCAUAAUCAUCACAAUCACCAUCACUCUGGGUUCCGGUUAAACGGUGUUAACAGCGGUUUAUUACUAAACGGCAAUAAAGACUGUAAGAAAUUAGCCAAUAAACAACAACAACAGCAACAACAUGGCUACCACACGGAGAAUUCUGUGCGGUUGAAUGGUAUGAAUGGAGGAAGUAAUCUUCACAAAGUAGACAAUAUGAAAGUAUCGAAACAUGGGGAGUUGACGAGUAGCAACAGUGGUGCAUCUGCGGUGAGUGGGGCAGUGAUAAGUCCUUUGGGUAAAUCACGGACUUACAGUAACAAUACCACCACCAACGUCACCAUCAAUAACAACAACAAUAAUAGCGGCAACAGUUGCAGCAGCGGUCACAACAACAAUAACAACAGCAACAGCAACAAUACAGAUUUUAGUAUGGAAGAGAUGAUCAGGAAAGGCUGUACUUGUACCUUCAAGAAAGGAAUUGUUCCACGUUACAUCCACCAAUGGACAGUUCUGGAAGUUUGUCAGUUCAUUGCUCAGUUAGAAGGGUGCAUGGAAUAUACAGAGGUUUUCCGAGAAAACCGAAUUAAUGGAAAGACACUGCUGUCGCUAACGCGCGAAUACAUGAUGGCGACAUUGGGAAUGAAUUUAUCAGCGGCCAUGUUGCUAACGGAGGCCGUUGCCAUGCAACAAAAGAAAGAGGCUAUUUAUAAAAUGUGUAAUUACUGCCAGCACACAGCCCGAGAAGCUUUGGUUUCGGCUACGUAAUGAGUGCACACACACACACACACACACACACACACACACACACACACACACACACACACACACACUCAUAUAUAUAUAUAUAUAUGUGUGUGUGUGUGUGUGUAUUGUACAUUGCAUAUUGUAUAUAAUGACAAGGUAUUUACACUUGUCUACAACAUACAGUGUUUGCUAAAAUCUAUAGAUAUUUUCUGUAGGACAUACAGUAUUGCGUUGAAACAAAACACUGUUAACGCACCACUAAAUAUAUAUAAAUAUGUAUAUAUACAUACAUAUGUAUAAAUAUAUAUACAUAUAUACAUACAUAUGUAUAAAUAUACAUAAAUGUGUGUGUAUAUAUAUAUAUAUAUAUAUAUAUAUGUAUGUAUGUAUAUGCAUGUAUAUAUGAUGUAUAAUAGGACUUUGAAGAACCGUUGUACAGAUUUUCUUGUUGAACAAUAGAUAACAGAGUAUAUGGCACUGAUGUUAUGCCAGACAUUGUUAUUGAGGAUUAACUUAAAGAAUCCUUGUUGACUGCUUUACACCUUCCCCUUUCCUUUCAUUAUUUUUUUUUCUCUCCAGUUCCGGCCCCUAAAUUAAAAAUAUGAAAAGUAAAAAAAUUACAAAAUGAAAACAAAAAAAAAAAAUACCAAUAUUAAUAAUAGAAACAGUUAUGAUGACUAUUAUUGUUAUUACUAUUAUGAUAACAGUAAUAGUUAACAAUAUUCAAUGUUUUUUUUAUUAUUAUUAUUUGUUGUUUUGGAUUUGAUUUAAGAAAAAAAAAACCAGCAAUAAAAAAAGAUUGGAAACAAAAUAAGAAAAAAAAAAAAAAACUCCAGACAUUGCAAGAUGUAAAAAGGAUCACAAAUAUGAAAAAAAUAUACACAAUAAAAGAAAAAAUGAACGCGAAAGCGAAAAAAAAAAAAAGAAACCCAAAACGCUGGAGUUAUAAAAACAACAACAACAAAAACUAUAACUGAAGACUAUAUGGCACAGAAUUUUAAUGAAACAGUAUAAAACUAAUUAAAUGAUAUAUAAUAUAUAAUAUAUAAUAUAUAUAAUGAUGAUAAUAAUAAAAAUAGCAAAAAAUAUAUAUAUAUACUUGAUGCACAGAUUCAAAUUA